AUGAUAAGUGGAGACAAUUCUUCUAACAAACAAGCAUCAAGUGGCGAAUCUAAUGAAGCGGAACACCAUGCGAUGAUGGAGGACAACGUCGAAAGUCUAAGUGAUGACUCGUAUCAACAUCCUAUGCAAAGGAGAUUUGUAAAUAAUCCCAUGAUGAGAGAUCAUGAUGAUCAAAUACUGGAGGAAGAUGACAACUGCUACGGUGGUGGUGGUGGAAAUGAUAUUCACCCUUUCAACAUGGGGAACAUCCCCAACACCACGUCUUUCAACAUGGGAAACAACAACAAAUCUGGCGCUUUGCCAAACAGUAGUAGCGGAACUGGUUCAUCUUCUCUUUCUCAAGGUGUAGCACAAAGUAAAAACGCUGCAAAGAAACGUCGUCGAUUCACUCCCGAAGAAGAUAAAAAGAUCAAGGAGGGGAUCGCCAAAAACAAGAAAGACAAUAACAUUGAUUGGGAUGGCGUAGCAAAGUAUGCAGGAAUUGAAAGAACCAAAGAACAGAUUAAAAGCAGAUAUCUUAGAAUGAAAAAAGAGGAACCAGAACAAGCUACCACGGCCCAGCCACAAGCAACCAGUAGCGGCUCAUCUUCAAACACGCCACAACCUCAACAACCUCCAGUGUCACAACACCCAGCCAUCACUUCACAAACUACGAAUACCUAUGUAGCCGCAACACCCACCAACGUUUCCUCAGCUCAACCUUCGCCCAUAGUUUACAUGGCCCCUCCAACACAACAUGAUCACCAACCUCCACAAAAUACCUCUACCAAGCCUCAUGACCAUUCCCUUAGUGUUGAAAGUGAGGAACUCAACACUUCAGAAAUGAUACCUUCAACAAAAAAACAAAAGACUCUUCCUCAGAUGUUCCAACAAUUACAAUCAGGCAAGUUCGAUCCCAACUCCAAAAAACCUUCCACCUCAUCUUCCAUUCCUCCGAACUCUUCCAAUCAGAACAGCAACAGCCUCUUUGGCGAUAUAAGCAAUAGUAAUAGCAGCUUUGCUCAAUUAUUUAACACAAAUUCAAUAGCUAGCGCUUGUUCAAAUUCCACUUCUCCUUUGAAUGACCCUAAUCAACUGAUCCAACAACAUUUUGCCAAACUUCAAAAUGAAAUAGAAAUUCUGAAGGACCAAUUGAGACAAAAGGAAAAAUAUAUAGAGCAAAUAGAACCUAAAGUUAAGAAUUAUGACAAUGAAAUUUCUCAACUGAAAAAUUUACUUCAAGACUAUGAGAUAAAAAACGUAGAAAGAACCAAAAGGUUUCGUGAGAUAGCAGUUCAAUUUUUGAGAGAAAGGGCUGAAAGAGAAAGAAUUGAGGAUAAAAAGAGAGUCAACGAAAAAACUAUUACCAUUGGUACCAUUACCUAUCAAAAGGGAAUGGAAGUUUAUGAAGUUUGGCAAGACGGAACGCUAUUCCAGCAGUACAAGGAAACAGAAAAUAGGAUAUCAAUGGAAAGAGAUAAGCUUGAAAAACAAAAAAAGACAAUCCAAAAGCAAAGGCAGCAGCUCAAGAAGGAGCAGAUGAGUCAUGCUUCUGCCAAUGAUCCAGACUUUGCAAGAAGAUUGGAAGAACAAAUGAACGACUUGAAUGAACAGGAAGAAACUAUAAAAAUUCGGCUAAACCAUUUGAAGAAAGAAGAGACCCAAAAUCAAGCCGAACAAGAAAAGCUAUUAAUUGAGAAGAGUAUCCAGAUUAGAGAAAUUAAGAGAAUUAGGGACCAAGAAAAGUCCAUGUUCAAAAAUUAUCCAAUUAUUGGACAUCAAAAGUAUAUACCGACUACUCCUGAGGGUCCAGGAACACCUCAAAUCAACGGCCAACAACCUCAACCAAGUAAUCACCAUGAAUAUUUCCUUAUGAAAAUGCUUGGUAAAGGAGGUUUUUCUGAAGUCUACAAAGCCUACGAUUUAACAGAUUUCAAGGUGGUAGCAUGUAAAAUACACCAACUUAAUCCCAACUGGAAAGAACAUAGGAAAGAAAAUUAUAUCAAACAUGUCCUUCGAGAAUGUCAGAUCAACCAGAGCAUUAAUCACGACAAGCUAAUCAAAAUGUAUGACACAUUUGUUUUUGAUAACAAUACUUUUGUGACGGUUUUAGAGUAUUGUGAGGGUGCUGAUCUUGACUUGUACAUUAAAAAGCACCAAAGGGUACCUGAAAGAGAGGCCAAGAAUAUUAUUUCUCAAAUAUUUAGUGGACUCAAUUACCUUAGCCAACAAAAACAAAAAGUGAUUCACUAUGAUCUAAAACCUGCCAAUAUCUUAUUUGACAAAGAUGGAAACAUUAAGAUCACAGAUUUUGGACUUUCUAAAAUUAUGGACGAUGAAGAAAGCAUAGAACUGACGUCUCAAGGUGCAGGAACAUAUUGGUACUUACCUCCUGAAUGUUUUCAUAACCCUUCUGGAGAAGGCCCACCACCAAAGAUAUCUAACAAAGUUGAUGUCUGGUCUGCAGGAGUUAUCUUUUAUCAAAUGCUCUAUGGAACGAAGCCCUUCGGUAACAAUCUAUCCCAGCAGAAGAUUCUUAGUGAAGGAACAAUUGUCAAUGCAACACAAGUUGGUUUUCCAGACAAACCAAGUGUGUCAGAGGAGGCAAAAGAUUUUAUAAGGCGUUGUUUAACUCAUGAUAUGGCGAAAAGGCCAGACGUUAAAACCCUUUACAAUGAUCCUUAUCUGAGAGGUACGACUUCCUCGUCGACAGGAUCAUCCUCCUCUAAAAGCAAGAAGAAAGACAAAGAACAAUCUUCCAGCAACACUCCCACAAACAACAUCACUCCAACCAACUUCCUUUCCUAUCAACAAUAG